UAAGAACGUCUGCGUUCCGUGCGCGUGCGUGCACCGCCGCCGGACGAUGCGAACCGGGUGAAGGCACCCAGCCACCAUGCUCGUGCCACCUGAAAUGAUGGCCGCGCAAUCUAAGCUAGUCUACCAGAUGAAUAAGUACUACAACGAGCGCGUUGCGAACCGCAAGGCGCAAAUCGCCAAAACCAUCCAUGAAGUCUGCAGGAUAGUGCAGGACGUUCUCAAGGAGGUCGAAUUGCAGGAGCCGAGAUUUAUAUCCUCCCUCACCGACUACAAUGGCAGGUUCGACGGUCUAGAGGUGGUGUCACCUCACGAAUUCGAAAUCAUUAUCUACCUGAAUCAGAUGGGCGUUUUAAACUUCGUAGACGACGGCUCUCUUCCCGGCUGCGCCGUGCUCAAGCUCAGCGAUGGCAGGAAACGCUCCAUGUCCCUGUGGGUCGAGUUCAUCACCGCCUCAGGAUACUUAUCGGCGCGAAAGAUUAGGUCGAGGUUCCAGACUUUGGUAGCACAGGCUUGUGACAAGUGCUCCUACCGUGAUUGUGUGAAAAUGAUCGCGGAGACCACCGAGGUUAAGCUGCGUAUACGGGAACGAUACAUAGUGCAGAUAACUCCGGCUUUUAAAUGUGCAGGACUAUGGCCGAGGUCGGCGGCUCACUGGCCCUUACCGACGAUACCGUGGCCUCACCCUAACAUUGUGGCGGAAGUGAAAACCGAAGGUUUUGACUUACUGUCCAAAGAGUGUCUAACGUUGCAAGGAAAAAAUUCUGCGAUGGAGGGCGACGCAUGGGUUUUGAGUUUCUUUGAAGCUGAGAAUCGUCUUUUGCAAGGCGGUUGUCGGCGGAAAUGUUUGAGCAUACUGAAAACUAUUAGAGAUCGUCAUUUGGAUCUACCCGGGAACCCGGUUACAUGCUACCACAUGAAGACUCUGCUCCUGUACGAGUGCGAAAAGCAUCCCCGGGAACACGAAUGGGACGAGGCUGCUAUCGGUGACAGGAUAAACGGGAUCUUCCUACAGUUGAUAUCCUCGCUGCAGUGUCGAAGGUGCCCGCACUACUUCCUACCCCAUGUCGACUUAUUCAAGGGAAAGUCUCCAACGGCUAUGGAGAACGCCGCGAAGCAAGUGUGGCGACUGACGAGAGAGAUGCUCACGAAUUCUAGGGCCUUCGAAAAGCUGUGAACUGUUUGAUAGUAUUCCUUAUUCUUAGUGAGUGAGUGAACUAGUGAUGUACCGCUAAUAUUCUCGAGUCAUUUUAGUUUUUAUAAUCGGAUUAGUCGUGCGUUAGUUACUGAUAAGGGCGUGAUGGGUACGACGUUAGUUCGAGUUGUCGAUGUCAAUAUUCCAUGUGGAUCGAACAAACUGUAAGUAGACGUGAUACUAAUAAUUAUUAGGUCGUUUCAAAUAUUAUUUGUGAUAUAAUGUAAAUAGCUUAAUUGUUGUACAAUUUUAGUAAUAUUUAUUUAGAUGGAAAAGAAAAUUCGUGUAUUUAUUUGACUGAAAACUUUUAAAGUAGGUGUAUAAUCUAUAUUAUAAUAAAUAUUUGGAAAACAA